AGAAAUACGGAAAGCUUCUGGUGGGGCAAUGAACAUCCCAAAUUAAAUUGUGAAAAAGAGGGAAGAAUUCUGUGCACAAGCCUUCUUCCUGUUGCUUUGCCGCCGGCGAAAACCAGAAGAUUUUAAGAUUAAAGUAGAGAUGUUGGAGGCUCGAAGUCUAAAGAAAGCAGUGGUUCCGUCGAGACUGAUAGAGUACCCAUCUCCUGCCAAUCUUCAAUCCAAUCGCCUUUCCCUUCAUGUUAGUGACGACGGAGCUUCUUGCUGGAUUUAUGUUGCUUCCGGCUGCCAUAUCUACAGAAUUCUGGUCUCUUUGGGAGAUUCUUUAGUUGAUAAAGGAAAGGAUAGCCUCCUUAUACCUGAACAAACUCAGGUUGUGGAGUCUGCUAUGGUGAAUCGUUGCCCUCAUCGGUCAGAAAUUCAGACGAUAGUAUUGAAUGAAACUGAGAGCUCUGACUGCUUAAUAUUGGGAAGUGUUGACUCAUAUGGACAUCUCAUAGUUUCCAGAUUGGGCACUGAUGGUAAAGAUGUGGAAAGGCUUACGUUUUCAGUAUCACCUCAGGAUUUUGGAGUUGGAGAAGGUGGGUGGGCAGGGCUUUGCUUUAGUCCAAGUCAAUGGUCAACGACUGCUGUGGCACAUAGCUUUGGCAAAACUAUUGAUGUAUUUGACCAAGAUCUUCAUCUUCGCACUUUUCGUACAUUGUGGUACCCUACUGCAGUUGACUUUUUACAAACUGGAAAUGAAACUUCAGUAUUGGCUGUUACAGAAGGCUGCCAGCUGUCAAUAUGGGACCUUAGAGUAAAUGAAAAAGGUGGUUGUGUACAACGGAUUUGUGGUUCUGUUGGAGAUAUUUUAUAUACGGUUUGCAACUCCUCGACCGGUAACAUUGCAGUUGGCGGAUCUGAUCGUACCAUGACCGUCUAUGAUCCUCGCAGAUGGGCAGCUGUAGCAAGAUGGGUCAACUGCUCAAAAUACGAGAUCACUGGGAUUUCUUUCUCUUCGGUUGACCCUAAUUAUGUCUACAUACAAGGAGUUGAUUAUGAGGUGUUUUGUGGAGAGUGGAAGGAAAACAAGAAAGCAUUUUCAUUUAGAGGAGAUUCCAAUUGGCUUGGGUUUAGUAAGUGUCGGAGCAAGGAUGUUUUGGGAGGAUGGUGUGAUUCAGGCAGCAUUUUUAUAGCUGAUGUAGUUGAGGGGAAAGAAUCAUAAAUUUUUGUCCCAUUUUUUUUUUUUCCUACAACCUAUUUGUCAUUUUCUUAAGAUUUUUUUUUAAAAAAAAAAUAUAUUUUUUUAUUGGCACUUUAUAUCGAUAGCACUAAACAAGACAAAGAAAAAUAGGCCUAAGCAACAUGUAUUGAUAACUUCAAUGUCUAAUAGAUUUCUAGAAAGAAUUUCAAGAAAUCUUUGAUUUUCCAAAUUACAUGGUCAAAUUGUGUAUGCUAUAAAUGGUGAAAAGGUAAUUUAAAUGUAAUAAAGAGAAUUUCUAGAAUGUAA